AUGAAUCUUGCUCAGGGUUCUCAGGCUCUCAUAGCCUUGGUCAGUGGUGUUACUCUCCACCAUAUGUUCUACCGCUUAAGCGAAUGGGACACUAGAUCUCCACUUCUGUUGGUUUCGUAUAUUUCUGCCCUAGUCGUUGGGAGUGCUAGCAUUUGGAUUUUAAACGGCGGAACGGAAGUUGUCGUCCCAUUCUCAGCAAAUGAAUUCCGAAUGUUUUGGGUUUAUCACAUACUCGGCGUGUACAGCAGCAUGCUGGUCUACCGAGGGUUCUUCCACAGAUUGGGCAAAUUCCCGGGCCCUUUCUUUGCGCGCUUGUCCAAUCUUUAUCUGACAAAGAUGUCUUCGAACCUUCAUCUCUACGAGGAGAUUGGCAAGCUUCACCAGACAUAUGGGGACUAUGUUCGAACAGGUCCUACCGAAAUCUCAACCACAGACCCAGCAGCGGUCCAGGCUAUUUAUGGUAACCAGUCUCAGACUACGAAAGGCCCUUGGUAUACAUUGUUGGACCCGCGAGUUUGCCUAUCCUUCACCAGAGACAAGCAAGAACAUGCGCGCCGUCGGAAAGUUUGGGAUCAGGGAUUCAGCACCAAGGCAAUUCGCGCCUAUGAGCCAGUUGUUGCGUCAUACGCCCAACAACUGGUGGAAGUCGUGGAGCGAGACCUUGCCAGUCCAAUCGAUAUGACGCGGUGGUUUAGCUAUUAUGCAUUCGAUGUGAUGGCAAGACUUGCCUUUGGAAAAUCAUUCGAUAUGAUUGCCGAAGGCAAAGAGGCUUACUUCCUAAAGACAAUUCGGACGGAUAUGACAAACAUUGGCCAUCUUAAACAUAUGCCCUGGAUAUUCCCUAUUUUCAUGAAUAUUCCGCUUCUAAACGCAAAUAACCAGAGGUUUUGGAAAUGGAUCGAAAGCCAGUUCCUGGAAAGGAGUGCUGCAGAGCCAGAGCAGCGAGAUAUAUUUUCUUGGAUCCUUGAUGCGUAUAAUAAGGGACCUCAGUCACCCCAAGAUAUGCUUAACCUCCAUGGAGAUGGCUAUCUAAUUAUUGUGGCAGGAAGUGACACAACUUCUACAACUCUAUCACAUCUUUGGUUCCACCUUGCCAGUGAUAAAGCUCUAGUUCAAAGGCUUCAGAAGGAGAUUGAUGCUCUUAAGGAGCUGAACGAUGAUACGCUCUCCAAGAUCGACCUUCUUGAUGCCACAAUCCUCGAGACCCUUAGAUUACACCCAGUGGUUCCUUCUGGUCUUCAAAGACUCACCCCACCAGAGGGUAUGACCAUUGGCAAGACAUAUGUUCCCGGAAACACCAUUGUCCAGGUGCCUUUAUAUACGAUGUUCAGAGACCCACGGGCGUUCGAGCGUCCAAAUGAAUUCAUCGCGGAACGCUGGACUACCAAUCCCGAACUUGUCAAGGAUAGAUCCGUGUUCAUUCCAUUCAAUAUAGGACCGUGGGCCUGUGUUGGUAGGCGGCUUGCACUCAUGGAGCUUCGGCGAGUGACUGCGGAACUCCUUUUUCGGUUCGAUAUCUCCUUAGCUCCGGGAAAAGUCAACGAUGCAUUUUUGAAGGAUGGGAAAGACACAUUCACUCUUACUGCUGCACCACUACUUUUGAAAUUCACCAAGAGGCAGUAA